UAGUAUCUUUUUUUGCCGGUGACAACGCUUGUGUUUCAUGGUCACGUGUUAUUUUUGUUUACAUUUUUAUCAAUUUUUAUAUUAAACUUGAAUCAUGAACUUGAUUAAAUUAAAACGUGGUUAUAUGUUAUUAUGCUUGGUGAGAAAUAUAAAGCUAAAAAAUCUUGAUUUUUUAAAUUAUAAUUUAUAGAAAUAAAAAAAUAUUAAAUCGAAACUUGAUUAAAUAGUGAAUAUACCACAUUUUAAUUAAAUUAAAUAUAAUGUGUGAUUUUACAAGAGCACAUAAGUGUAAAAAAACGCAUGUAAAAAAAUCUAAGGUUACAAGUCAAAUUUCAACAUGUGUCUCUAACAAAAAGGAUAACGAGAAAUACCAUCAGCAUUAUGCUGAUGAUGACGUCAAAAAUACGAUGUUUGAUCUUGUUAAUGAUUAUGUUUACGACAAUGACCUUGUUAAUGACAUUAUUAAUGAUGAUUGUCUGGCUGAAAUAUUCACGUAUCUGCCAGUAUGGGAAAGACCGAAAAUUGCUUUGGUAUGCAAGAAAUGGAAAAAAGCCCUUGAUAAUUCUUGGUCGAAUGUAAAAAAACUUGAACUAACUCAUUGGGAAUAUGAUGAGUGCCCAAGUUAUUUGAAGCAAUAUCCAACAAUAAAAGAACAAUUAAGGUGUUUGAAAUCGCUGCUUGAUAAAUGUGGUUUUUAUAUAACAGAAUUAGAUUUGACAGCCUAUGGUCAUUGUAAUAUAGUGCCAGUUAUCAAUGAAUCUUGUCCAAACGUUGUAAAACUUCGGUUGAGAUUCAAGUAUAUUGAACGUAAAGUAUUAGUUAAUGCAUUUUCACGUCUAUCCAAACUGAAAGUAUUAAAAAUUAUAUUUCAACAUAUAUAUAAUAAUGGAUAUAUACCUGUUGGUGUAAUCAAUUUAUUGAGAAGCGUUGCUGGUACAUUAACUGAACUGACUCUGUCAAAUUGGGACAACAAUUAUUUUUAUAAAACCAUGAGAAUCCCUAAAACAUUCACUCAUGUUAUUCGUGAAUUUAAGGCCUUGAAAUCAUUUGAGACUGCAGGUGUAUUAGUUUAUACUGACUUAUACGAGUAUCUGCAGGAACAUCUCGGAAUAUUACUCAUCAGUCACGAUAAUCAGUGCUUUAACGACAAUAUUUACAGAAACCUUUUGUAUGAAAAUGUUGAAAACCUAAAUUUAAAGCAUUACCAAGCUACAAAUGAUUGUUUAUAUACUAUAGCCAAUUGCAUGAAUCAAUUAAAAAAACUUGAGAUUAAUUGUGAACAGGUAACCGAUGUUGGUAUAGUAGCUAUUUCAAAGAUGAAUAAUUUAGAAACUCUUGAUCUUCGUGGCUCUAGUCAAGUCACUGACUCUUCAGUUAAAUUGCUAAAAAAUUUUAAAAAUUUACAUUUACCAGACAGCAAUAAAAUUACUGAUGUUUCAGUCACGAAAAUUCUUGAAAAUUCACCCAAGAUGAUCAGUUUUUACAUUUUAGAAUCAGCUAUAACUUCUAAAUUUUUUAAAAAAGCUGCAGAAAUAAUAACAAAUCGAAAACAAACAUUAGAAAUAGCCGUUUUAAAUAAACCUGAUAUAAAAAAAUAUGAAUCGCAAUAUUUACGCCUACUUUUAUUUGAUUCAUCAAGAAAAAUUACGUAUCGGUCAUCUAAAUUGGUAAAUCUGAAAAAAUCCCCAGAGUGGCAGAGCCGCGGUUUUAAUUAUAUAUAAGAUAAAAUAAACAAAAAAAAAACAUG